AUGCUCAAAAUCACAGACUUACCUUUGGAAAUCCAGCUCCAAAUCAUUUCUCAAGCCCCAGUGUUGAAAUUAACAAGCACUUACUAUUACAUACUUUACCAUCAACUUUAUCAAAAGCAUCUCAUUAAUGAGUUUUCUGUUGGAAUCUUUAAUAUAAUAAAAAACUCGUUGAUUCCUUUGAUUUCCUAUAUAAAAUCUUUAGAUUCUAUUAGAUUUUGUCAAAGGUCUCUUGUUGCAAGAGCUUUGAAAUUAUCAAGUUAUGAAAGUCAGAUACUUGGAAAUAACAAGCGCAAUAAUGGAGAACCAGAGUUGGAUAUAACUCAAAUCGAAUUUAUCUCUGAUUCUUGGCCCAUUAUAUAUUCAUUGCUAAAAUCUCCUAAAUUUUUUUUUGAUAUAAAUGAUUUUAUUUCGAUACAAAAAUUUGAUAACAAUUUUACCUCGUUGAAUUACAAAUAUCAUCAAUCCAAAAAUAUCAUGUCUUUCAAUCGAAUUCAUUCUUUUACUUUUCAAAAAUCAAUUUUUUUAUCGAAUGGUUAUUACAUCUUAAACCUCGCUGUAUCUAUAAAGAACUAUAAUUUCGGUUUAGGUACAAUAAAAUUUCAAAUUUUCAAUAAAAUUGAAUCAAAUAAUGAUGAUAAUGAUAUUAAAAAAUUAAUAUCAACUUUUUAUCUAUCGAAUAACAUUGAUGAACUAAUGCCUAAGAAUAAGAUUGUUGUAUUAAACUUGGGAAAAUUUAAAGUUGAAAAUGAUAAUUUGAAUCAUUCAUUAAAUGAAAUUUAUAUAGAAAUGGAAGAAAUUGGUUCAAUGCCGAUUCAUGGAAUAAAUUUUUAUUAUUUUGAUAUUAAACCAAUGAGUUCUCAUAUCUUUCAAAAUUAUUAUGAUUACAAGUAUUUUAAUUAUAAUUAUUUUUAUUGGUUUUUGAAU